ACCCUCAAAUGGUGCUGAGGGAUAGACUUUCUUUCAGAUGGUAGACAAAUAUCACUCAGCAUCACCAUCUCCCUUUUUCAUCUCAUCAGUUGAAUAGUAUAGUAUUAUGGGGAAAUAUUGGGUUGAAGUCUGCCUGAUAUCUGCUAGGGGUCUCCGGCGUUCUUCUUCACUGUGGAAGCUCCAAUGGUUUGCUGUUGGGUGGAUUGAUCCUAAUAAUAAAUAUUGCACCAAGAUCGAUGCUUCCGGCAAUGCAAAUCCCGUCUGGAAAACCAAGUUUGCUGUCUUGGUCGAUGACUCACAGUCACAGUCACAGCCCACCUUGCACGUUGAAGUUUACAGUAGAGAGCCCAUUUUCCUUAGAGAAAGGCUUCAGGGCACAGCAAGCGUCGUCUUGAAAGAAUUUUUGGCUAAGCAAGCCAAGAAUAAUAUUAAUCGUGGGGAGGGUUCAACGUCAAUGUCAGUAACUGUAGAACAAGAAGAAGUAGGGAGCUAUCAAUUGCGGAAAAAGAAUUCCAGCAAACCUCAAGGAUUUGUUGAUAUUUCAAUUCGUAUUUCUGAGGAAAGGGAAGAGCCAAGUUCAAGUUCAUAUAUAGGUAAUGAGGAAGGAUUUAUGCUCACAGAUCACAACAAUAUCACCUUGGCUACUGAAGAUAGACCGAAACCAGCUAUAGUUCCAUCCCAUCGACCAGGAAAUCAUUUACAGACAAAUUUCCCAUACACCCAUCCAAAUCCAAUGCCAUUUCCUCCAAACUAUUCCAAUUCAUAUGUAUCUGUAGAGGGACCAAGCUAUCCACCACCAGCAGUUGGACCAAGCUACCGACCACCUAGAACUCCUCCACCGCCUCCCCCACCUUCUAAUGUUGGUUACAUACCCACUUUUCUCCCUAGAACUGAUCAGUCUUACAUAAAUAUGCCACCAUCUGGUCGUGGUCGUGGUGGGGGACCUGGUUUUGGAAUGGGCCUAGGUGCAGGAGCACUGGCAGCAGGUGCCGUGAUCUUUGGCGAUGACUUUAUGUCAGGAUUUGAUGUUCCUGGAGGAGGUUUCCAAGAUGCUAGUCUUAUUAUAUCAACCGAUCCUCCGUUCUGACAAGCAGAAACUUCUGUAAUAUGUUUAAAACUUCAAAUGCAGUGAUUUAAUUCUUCUGUUCUGUAUUGUUCAACUACUUUAUUUAUUGGUGAAAGGUUUCUCCCAAUAACACAGAAUAAUUCUAUAUGUUUUGGUUCA